GCGUGGGAUACGACGUAAGUGCUAACCUAUAAUAAUUUUUAGGUCUGCCCAGCGUCAUCAUCGGUUUGAUCUGGCCUAUUACCCCACUACAGAGAAGGAUAUAGCGGCCCUAACCCUUCCUCUGUCCUUCCUUCUAUUUACAAUAUCAGCGCAGACGGGUUAUAAGGAGACUUCCGCCUCAAUUUAAUUUAAUUUGAGUUUGUUACCAUUACCGGUGCGACAAAAACUGCCUAGUGGUUACUAGGUGAAGAGCGCAUGCUUCCGACUAGCUGAGCCUCUUUUUUCUUUUUUUUUUUUUUCUUAUUGCCCCUCGUCGUUUUUGCAGAGGGUCCACCCCACCGUCUCUUAGGCAUCUCAACCCACUCAUCUUACAACACUACACACGCACUAGAGGCGCACACAUCCUCGCGGAAACGCCUUGUUGAGACGGACCAACGAUAUUCUACCUAUCAUAACUAUCUCCCGAUUUAAUCUAAGAAACUAUUGAUACCCCACGUCCACGCGUACCACCGCCAAAAUGCCUCCCAGGAAGAAGGGAAAUAAGAAGGCGGCCGACGACUGGGAGGCCGAUCUGGGAGAGUCGAUCGUACCCACCAACGGCGAUGCUACUACCGCCGCUGCCGACGCGCCGGAGGAGGAGAACCAGGAUGAGGAUGCGGCGCCUGUUGGUGGGCUAAUGGGUAUGCUGAAGAAGAAGCGUGAGAAGAGAAAGAAGAUGGGCUUGUCGGAAGACUUUGUUGAGGGUGAGAACGCUUCCGCCGAACCUACUCCAGAUGCCGCUGCGAAAGCGCCUCAAGAGGCUACGAUGGAUGAUGAGUUCGCAUUGCCCGAGAAGAAGGGGAAGGGUGGAAAGCAAAACAAACAACCUGCCAAGGCUGCAGCAGCUGACGCGGACGAUGAGGAGACGGGAGAGGGUGGAAGAGUGUUAACCAAAGCCGAGAAGGAGAAAUUGAAAAAGGAGCGAGAAAAGGCGAGAAAGAAGGAACAGGCUGCGAAGAAAAAGACGACACCCGCCCCGCCCCCGAAGGCUGCAGAGCCCGCGAAAACCGUUGUAGAGAAGAAAGAAGCUCCUGCUGCAGCACCCGCUGUUGGGGCCGCAGGAGGGAAAGGAAAGAAGCUACCUCCACAUCUAUUGGCUCUCCAGAAGCAACAAGAAGAGUUGCGACGAAAACGAGAAGAAGAUGAGCGCUUUGCUGCUGAAGAGAAAGCCAGACUAGCGCAGCUAGAACAAGAAGAAGCUGAAGCGGUGAAGCGAAGAGAAGAAGAAAAGGCCCGCAAGAAGCAAAAGGAGAAGGAGAGGAUUGAACAACUGAAGAAAGAGGGCAAGUUCAUGACCAAGGCACAGCGAGAAGAGAAGGCUCGAAAUGAGCGAAAACUUCAGCAGAUGCUUGCUGCCGGCAUCAAGGUCGGGCCCUCCGAAGAUGGCGAAGAUAAAAAGAAGAAGGUUUAUGACAACAAAAAGCGCGGCAAGAAGACCGAGCAAAAGGUUGACGAAGAGAAAGCCUUAGCGGAGGCUGCCGAGCGCGCGAGACAGCAAGCCGAAGCUGCUGCCAAGGAAGCAGAAGAAAAGGCGGCUAAGAAAGCUGCUGCCAAAGCUGCUAAAGAGAAGGAGAAGGAAGCGAAGGAAGAUAGCGAGGUCGAAGAUGACUGGGAGGCAGCUGCUGAUGAAGAUGUCAAAGAAAGUUGGGAUGCCGACUCGGAUGAAGAGGCUGCAUCGUCGUCGAAGAAGCCUGAGUCAGGCAAAUCGUUACCGUCGAGACCCAAGCUCGGAUCGGAUGAGUCUGAAGAAGAGUCCGACGAAGAGUCAUCCGAAGACGAGGCGCAAACUGCGGCACAGGCAGCGGAAGCCCAGCGAAAGAGGGAAGCUGCUGACAGACGAGAGAAGGCUCACCAAGCCGCUCUGGCUGCUAGAUCCAAGGAUAACCUACGUUCUCCGAUUUGCUGUAUUUUGGGACACGUCGAUACCGGUAAAACUAAGCUUUUGGACAAAAUCCGACAAACCAACGUCCAAGAAGGCGAAGCUGGUGGUAUCACUCAACAGAUUGGUGCAACUUACUUCCCCGUUGAUGCCAUCAAGCAGAAGACUGCCGUGGUCAACCCCGAAGGAAAGUUCGAGUUCAAGGUUCCGGGUCUUUUAAUCAUCGAUACACCUGGUCACGAGUCUUUCUCCAAUCUUCGAUCUCGAGGUUCGUCACUCUGUAACAUCGCUAUCUUGGUUGUCGAUAUUAUGCACGGUCUUGAACCCCAAACUCUCGAGUCAAUGAAGUUGCUCCGAGACCGUAAGACGCCCUUCAUUGUUGCCCUCAACAAGAUCGAUCGUCUAUACGGCUGGAAGAAGGUGGACAACAAUGGUUUCCAGGAAAGUUUGGCUCUUCAAAAUAAGGGUGUCCAGAACGAGUUCAGAAAUCGACUGGAGCAAACAAAACUCGCGUUCUCCGAGCAGGGUUUCAAUGCCGAACUUUACUAUGAAAACAAAUCGAUGGCAAGAUACGUAUCAUUGGUGCCGACCUCAGCCCAUACUGGUGAAGGUAUCCCUGACAUGUUGAAGCUAAUUCUCCAGCUGACCCAAGAAAGGAUGGUGGGCUCUCUAAUGUACCUCUCCGAAGUUCAGGCCACAGUUCUUGAAGUCAAAGCGAUUGAGGGCUUCGGUAUGACAAUUGAUGUCAUUCUUUCUAACGGUAUCCUCCGAGAAGGUGACCGAAUUGUAGUCUGCGGUGUGGAGGGUGCAAUCACCACAAAUAUCCGUGCACUCCUAACACCCGCUAUUAUGAAGGAAUUGCGUGUUAAAUCCCAAUACGUACAUAACAAGGAAGUCAAGGCAGCUAUGGGUGUCAAGAUUAGUGCACCUGGUCUCGAAGGCGCUAUCGCUGGUUCCCGAUUACUUGUUGUCGGCCCUGAUGACGAUGAGGAAGAUCUCGAGGAAGAAGUCGAAUCCGAUCUCAACAAGCUCUUCAGCCGUGUCGCUACAACUGGACGUGGUGUCAGUGUACAGGCUUCUACACUUGGUUCCCUCGAAGCUUUGUUGGAUUUCUUGAAGGACUGCAAGAUUCCCGUAGCCAAUGUCGGAAUUGGUCCCGUGUUCAAGCGUGAUGUCGUUCAGUGCGCUACUAUGUUGGAGAAGAAUCCCGACUACGCUGUUAUGCUUUGCUUCGAUGUCAAGAUUGAUAAAGAGGCGCAAGCAUACGCUGAGGAGAACGGCAUCAAGAUUUUCACUGCCGACAUUAUCUACCAUCUCUUCGACGCUUUCACGAAGCACAUGGACGAGCAAUUGGAAAAGAAGAAGGAAGAAUCUAAGAUGUUGGCGGUCUUUCCCUGUGUUCUCAACACGGUCGCCGUCUUCAACAAGACCGGUCCCAUCGUUGUUGGUGUUGAUGUGGUAGAUGGUAGUCUGAGAGUCAACACACCAAUCGCCGCCGUUAAGCAGAACCCGACAACUGGCGCUAAGGAAAUUGUCAGUCUUGGCAGAGUGACUUCCAUCGAAAGAGAUCACAAGCAGAUCCCGGUUUGUAAGAAGGGUCAACCUUCGGUCGCUAUUAAGGUUGAAAUGGGUGGUCACCAACCUACUUACGGUCGUCAACUAGAAGAGAAGGACGCACUCUACAGUUUAAUAUCCCGAGCGAGUAUCGACACACUGAAGGAAUUCUACCGAAAAGAAGUGACGAACGACGAGUGGCAGCUUAUCAUUAAGCUUAAGCCGUUGUUCGACAUCAACUAAGUGGAUUAAAACUAGAUUGACUGGUAGACACAGAGAUUGGCGACCUGAUGGUGUGUAUUUAAUGAGACUGUUGCUCGUGUAUAUGGCGCGAUAUGACGACAACAUAGCAUGUUCCCGCCCAUGUGUCGGAAGGAAAGUUGACAUGCGAGAGGUUUCUAAAAUGGUUCUUUGUCUUCUGGUACGAAAAGGGGCUUUUCACGCAUUCUAGAUUAUUUAUCAUAUGAAGACCCCGUACCUAGGAUGGGAGGUAGGGCUCGCGAUGUCGAGAGUCUGGUCGCGUGCUACAUGGGCUGAAAACAUUAGGUAUUUUCUCAUAGGUGGUGUACGAAAAAUUGAUUUUACGUUUUAUGAAUCAUAGGAUUUUAUCAUUCUAUACUAGACGGAUUUCUUCUUCGGGUCCUGACAGCACCCAUGGUAAGAACUGGGUAAUAGGUAAUGGAUUAGAAUACUAGCAGACGAAGAAUGAUGUGAAUAGAAAUUACGUA